AUGAGAGGUACAACACCUUGUAUUAGAAAUCGAGGCAAGACUGUGACCCAGAUAAUGGGUGAUUUACCCUCGCCCAGAGUUCAACCAUCAAGACCUUUUGCAGUCACCGGUGUUGAUUAUGCUGGUCCAUAUUCUAUUAAGUCCCAAGUUGGGAGAAGAACAAAAUCUUUCAAGUGUUACGUAUCCAUUUUUGUGUGUUUCUCAACAAAAGCUGUACACUUGGAGUUAGUCAGUGCUAGUAAGGAACUGAAGGAGAUUUAUAAAAAUGCAGCUCGCAUUGAGAAAAGCAGUGAAUUAUGUGACUACAUUACCUCAGAAGGUAUAACUUGGUUAUUUAAUCCUCCGACAUCUCCUCACUACGGUGGCUUGUGGGAAUCUAAUGUGAAAUCCAUGAAAUUUCAUCUUAAACGAGUAUUAGGAUCCACACUUCUAACUUACGAGGAAUUUUUAACAGUGCUUACACAAGUGGAAGCGUGUAUGAAUUCCCGUCCUCUUUGUGCGAUGUCUAGUGAUCCAAACGACUUUAGUGCAUUGACUCCAGGUCAUUUUCUGAUUGGAGCCCCUUUGCUUGCCAUUCCGGAAUCUGACUUGAGUGAUGUGAAAUCUUCACGACUUAAACGUUGGUCUCUAGUUCAACAGACUGUGCAACAUUUUUGGAAACGAUGGUGUGCAGAAUAUUUAACAACACUUCAACAACGUGCUAAGUGGUUUCGUGCGUCUCCAAAUCUAAAAUGUGGUGAUUUAGUUCUGAUCAAAAACGAACAACUGCCUCCAAACCAAUGGAAAAUUGGAAGAAUUGCCUUAAUUCAUCCAGGUAGUGAUAAAAAAGUUCGAGUGGCUACAAUCCAUACAGCCGCUGGUGAUUUCAAACGAGCUGUUACUAAAUUGUGUCUUAUCCCCAAUCAUGACUAA